AUGAGCUGGCGAUGCGCCCCGCGCCGCGCCGGGAGGACCGGCCCCGCCGCCCGCUCUCCUCCGCCGUCGCCGCUGCUGCUGCCGCCGCUGCUGCUGCUGUGGACCGCGGCCCUGGCGCCGGGGGCGGCCGCCGGCGACGAGGCGGCUCCCGCGGGGGCCUCGGUGUGCUACGCGUCCCCGCCCAGCGUGGGCUCGGUGCAGGAGCUGGCUCAGCGCGCCGCGGUGGUGAUCGAGGGAAAGCUGCACCCGCCGCGGCGGCGGCAGCAGGGGGCACUCGACAGGGAGGCGGCGGCGGCGGCGGCGGCGGCCACGGGCGAGGCAGGGGCGUGGGGAGGCGAGCGCCCGCCGCCGGCCAACGGGACCGUGCCCGCCUGGCCCACCGGCUCCGAGCCCAGCGCCGCCGAGCCCGGAGCCGAGGCGCCCUAUCUGGUGAAGGUGCACCAGGUGUGGGCGGCGAAAGCCGGGGGCUUGAAGAAGGACUCGCUCCUCACCGUGCGCCUGGGCGCCCGGGGCCACCCCGCCUUCCCCUCCUGCGGGCGCCUCAAGGAGGACAGCCGGUACAUCUUCUUCAUGGAGCCCGAGGCCAACAGCAGCGGCCGCGCGCCCGCCGCCUUUCGAGCCUCCUUCCCCCCUCUCGAGACGGGCCGGAACCUCAAGAAGGAGGUCAGCCGGGUGCUGUGCAAGCGGUGCGGUAAGUUCCUUGGCCCGCGGGGCGCGCUCGGGCCGGGCGGGGAGGGCGGGGAGGGCGCACCUCCCCGGGGCGCGCCGGGCGGCCGCCGGGCUUCGACGGCUGUCGGGCGGACGCGGUCCGAGCGGCGGAGGGGCGCGUUUGGGAGCCGCUUGGUGGAUUGGAUUCCCCAGGCAAGCUCCUUCUCCCGUUUCCCGGUUUCGAGGCUUUGCCGUGGGGGAAAGUCCGAGUUUGGUCCGCGGUUGGGGCCGCCUGAAACUUUUUAA